AUGGAAAUUAGGAACAACGUGACAGAGUUUGUUCUCCUGGGGCUCACCGGAAACCCAAGCAUGCAGAAAAUUGUAUUUGCUGUAUUUUUAGUCAUCUACAUCAUCUCCAUGGUAGGCAAUGUGCUCAUUGUGGUCACUAUAACUGCCAGUACGUCAUUGGGAUCACCUAUGUACUUUUUCUUAGCUUAUCUCUCUUUCAUUGAUGCCUGUUAUUCCUCUGUCAACACUCCUAAAUUGAUUACAGAUUCACUUCAUGAAAAAAAGACCAUCCUAUUUAAUGGAUGCAUGACCCAGGUCUUUGGGGAGCAUUUCUUUGGAGGAGCUGAGGGCAUCCUGCUUACUGUGAUGGCCUAUGACCGCUAUGUGGCCAUCUGCAAACCCUUACACUAUACAACCAUCAUGAGCAGAAGAGUAUGUGGUCUGCUGAUAGCAGUGGUAUGGGUAGGAGGAUUUUUUCAUGCAACCAUACAGAUCCUGUUCAUCUUCAGAUUACCUUUCUGUGGUCCUAAUGUCAUAGAUCACUUUAUGUGUGAUCUGAACCCUUUGCUCAAUCUUGCCUGCACUGAUACUCACAUUCUUGGGCUCUUUGUUGCUGCCAACAGUGGUUUUAUUUGUCUGUUAAACUUCCUCCUUCUGUUGAUCUCCUAUGUGAUCAUCCUACGUUCACUAAGAAACCACAGUGCAGAGGGGAGGCGCAAAGCCCUCUCCACCUGUGUCUCCCACAUAACAGUGGUUGUCUUGUUUUUUGUGCCAUGCAUUUUUGUGUACAUGAGACCAUCAGCCACUUUGCCUAUUGAUAAAGCAGUUGCUGUCUUCUACACUAUGAUAACUCCCUUGUUAAAUCCUUUAAUCUACACCUUGAGAAAUGCUCAGAUGAAAGAUGCCAUUAAGAAAUUAUGUAGAUGA